CCCUGUCCCCGUAACACUGUGCUGUUAAGCGCAUAAACAUAUGUCGCGUCAUCGGUAAUCGAUUGUCGUAAAUGUCAAAAUAUAAGCAAACUGUGUUGUCUUAAAAAUAAUAUCUAUGUUGCAAUUUUACUAAAUUUAAAAGCGUCUGACAAUGAAGUUAUGUCGAGUUUGCCUGGGAAGUUCCGGGAACAUGGUAAACAUUUUCGAAGGAGCAGGAACACACAUUCUGGGAAUUUCGAUUCCUGUGGCGUAUAUGAUAUCUGAAAUCACUGGUUUUAAAAUUGAGAAAGGAGACUCACUUCCGGAUUGCAUUUGCCCAACUUGCCUGGAGGAUGCCCAAAGUGCAUUUAAUAUUAUUAAAACCUACGAGUGCAGCUCCAAUAUCUUUUGUAAAGCAAAGAAUGCAGACUGCGCUGAUAAGAGAUCAGAUUCUUCAAGGGCAACCUUCCAGGACAACUUGAAGAAAGAGCCCAUUGAAUAUGAUGCCAAUGAAGAGAAAGAUUCCGAUCAAGUUAGAGUAAAGAAUGAGCCCAUCGAAGAACAUGAUAGUGGAGAGCAAGAAUCCAACGUUAAUUAUAAAGAGAAGCUUGAACCCAUCGAAGAAGAGCAAGAAUCCAAGGAAAAUGAUAAUAAUAACGAUAGCGUUCGCCCGAAGAAAACGCACCAGUGUUCCCACUGCCAAAAGUCCUUCUGGUAUCCUUCACAACUCAAGCGCCACAACCUCUUCCACACAGAUGAACGACCAUUUAAAUGUAGUGAUUGCCCGAGUGCCUUUAGGGAAAAGGGCUCCUUAGCGGUGCACAUCAGGAUUCACGUAGGGAACACGCCGUUCAAGUGCUCCCAUUGCCCGAUGGCCUUUGAGCGAGAAUCCGACCUGAAGAAACACACCAGGAUUUACACAGGAGGUCGGCCGUUCAAGUGCUCCCGCUGCCGGAAGCGUUUUCUAACUAAAACUCAUCUUAAACGCCACUUCAUGCGCCACACGGGAGAAAGACCGUAUCCAUGUGCCCACUGCAAUAAGGCUUUCAGGGAUAAUGCUCAUUUAAGACGUCACACAAAACUACACACAGGAGAAAGACCCUUCCAGUGCUCCCAAUGCCCGGAAGCUUUUACCGAAAAACGCAGGUUGAAUGCGCACUUGCUAAUCCAUGAAAGGACAGGCUUAAAAACUUAAUUUUAUUCAUUUUAAAUAUAACGAAUAAUAGAUGAAAUGACGAU